UAGGAGACGACGACAAAGACAACAUCAAGAACAUCAUCAUGGUGAUGAGGUGUAUUUUAGGCUGUUCCCCUCCCCAAACCCUCUUCCCUAUCCCGAAAGUGCCCUGGCUGCGCGUCCGCUGGCUGCAGUUUCUGCACUUCGACGACGGAGGCGUCACGGAGAACACGCGUCUGUGUGCGCGGCACUUCACGCAGGACAGCUUCAAAAACUUCCGCCAGCACGAGAUGGGCUUCGUGAAGCUGCUGCUGCUGUCGGACACCGCGGUGCCGUGCGUCUACACGGUCGGGGCGUCGUCGGGCGCCAAGCCUCUCACACGGGACGUGGGCUGCCAGUGUUCCCCCACACCGGUGAAGAAGAGCACCGCGGUGCAGGCGACGCGCUCCGCGCCCAAGCCCAAGCGACGCAGCAAAGCGGUCCAGGUGAAACCCGCCACCCUCUCUAUUGGGAUGUCCUGCUCCACGGAGCAUCCUGGCCCCGGUCUCGAUGUAACGUGUUCUCCAAACAACAAGAGGCCGCGUGUUAAAGAGGAGGAUGAUGGUGAGAUGGAGGAGAGCUGCUCGAGCUGCACAGAGGAAUCAACAGCAGCAGCGUCUGAUCUCACCUACGAGUCUGAGGACAGCGACACAUCACUCUUUGCUGCUCACUACUAUGAUGGAAGUGCGGAUUGGGAAUAUGUCAGCUGAAGAUGGCCAGAGUUGAAAAGAGUGAAUCCUUUUCAUCAGAAAAACAGCACAGAUAUACAGCUAUGUGGACACACGCAGGCCUCCAGACAGACACAGCCUGACUGCAGCGUUACACACCGACAUCUGUGUGUUCAGAGACUGCAGCGUUACACACCAACAUCUGUGUGUUCAGAGACUGCAGCGUUACACACCAACAUCUGUGUGUUCAGAGACUGCAGCGUUACACACCGACAUCUGUGUGUUCAGAGACUGCAGCGUUACACACCAACAUCUGUGUGUUCAGAGACUGCAGCGUUACACACCGACAUCUGUGUGUUCAGAGACUGCAGCGUUACACACCAACAUCUGUGUGUUCAGAGACUGCAGCGUUACACACCGACAUCUGUGUGUUCAGAGACUGCAGCGUUACACACCGACAUCUGUGUGUUCAGAGACUGCAGCGUUACACACCGACAUCUGUGUGUUCAGAGACUGCAGCGUUACACACCGACAUCUGCGUGUUCAGAGACUGCAGCGUUACACACCGACAUCUGUGUGUUCAGAGACUGCAGCGUUACACACCGACAUCUGUGUGUUCAGAGACUGCAGCGUUACACACCAACAUCUGUGUGUUCAAUGACUGCAGCGUUACACACCAACAUCUGUGUGUUCAGUGAGAAUGAACAGUGUGA